CCCCUGAGGUCCCCCUGAGCGACGUGAUGGAGUGCGUCUCGCCCCGGACGGGAAGGGGCUCACCCAUCCACGCGGCACGCGCCCUGCCACUCUGUGCCCGGCGGACGCGUGACGAAACUCCCCGCGGUGAGGCCACCCAAAAUGGCUGCCGCGGGGACAGGCCACCGCGCUACGGGCUCGAGGGUUUGCCUGGUGACCGGGUGUUACCGACCCCCGUGCCCCCACAUUCCUAGCCCUUGGCUUCUCCUCUUGUCGCACAGCUGGGCUCCGGGGUCAGAAAGGAGACCACCUGGCCUCUGCCCUGGAACCCGCAGUCUUUCAGGAAAGAGAGUCCAGGACGAUGUCUGGAGAACUUCCACCGAACAUUAACAUCAAGGAACCUCGAUGGGAUCAAAGCACCUUUGUUGGACGAGCCAAUCAUUUCUUCACUGUGACAGAUCCCAGGAAUAUCCUGUUAACCAACGAACAACUAGAGAAUGCAAGAAAAAUAGUGCAUGAUUACAGGCAAGGGAUUCUUCCUCCAGGUCUUACAGAAAAUGAAUUAUGGAGAGCAAAGUACAUCUAUGAUUCAGCUUUUCAUCCUGACACGGGUGAAAAGAUGAUUUUGAUAGGAAGAAUGUCAGCUCAGGUUCCAAUGAACAUGACCAUCACAGGUUGUAUGAUGACAUUUUAUAGGACCACACCGGCGGUGCUGUUCUGGCAAUGGAUCAACCAGUCCUUCAACGCCGUGGUCAAUUACACCAACAGAAGCGGAGACGCUCCCCUCACUGUAAAUGAGUUGGGAGCAGCUUACGUUUCCGCAACAACUGGUGCCGUGGCAACAGCUCUAGGACUUAACGCGUUAACCAAGCAUGUCUCACCACUCAUAGGACGUUUUGUUCCCUUUGCUGCCGUGGCUGCUGCUAAUUGCAUUAAUAUCCCAUUAAUGAGGCAAAGGGAGCUCAAAGUUGGCAUUCCCGUCACAGAUGAGAAUGGGAACCGCUUGGGUGAGUCAGCCAACGCUGCAAAACAAGCCAUCAUGCAAGUCGUCGUCUCCAGGAUUCUAAUGGCAGCCCCGGGCAUGGCCAUCCCUCCAUUUAUCAUGAACACUUUGGAGAAGAAAGCCUUCCUAAAGAGGUUCCCGUGGAUGAGCGCACCUAUUCAAGUUGGAUUAGUUGGCUUUUGUUUGGUAUUUGCUACACCUCUGUGCUGUGCUCUGUUUCCUCAGAAAAGUUCCAUGUCUGUGACAAGCUUGGAGCCUGAUUUGCAAGCCAAGAUCCAAGAGACCUAUCCUGAAUUACGACGUGUAUACUUUAAUAAGGGGUUGUAAAGUAGCGGAAGAAACUCUGCAGCUUAUACCGCCUACUGCAAACCUGGUGAGGAAAAGCCUGUUCCACCUGGGUUCUCCCAGUUACAGAAACCUUUUAAAGACCCACAUUAGCCUUUUAGAGUCAAGCUGCUACUUUUCAGCACAGCACCUGGUACGGGCCAGGCGCCCAACAACCUGUUGGCUCCCUUACAUUUGAAUCAUGAUGUAAUUUACAGAAAUACCCUUCCUCUAGCUUUUAUAGUAAUUGUUUUCCAAAGAUGAUAUACCAGCCCUCACCCAGAGUUUUAAAAAGCACUGCUAGGCAUAGAGUAGAUGUUCAGCAUACGCUCAAUAAAUAUGUAUUGACUGUCAGUGAGUGGAAAGGAAAUCUGUUUGAAAUACUGAAUUUUUUACCCCAUUCUUGUUUCAAAUCACUCAGCAGUGAUUGGAGAAAACACAAAAGCUCUGAGCCUAAGCUAUAAAAAGUGACUCGUAAAUAUUAAGGACGUUUGCUUCCACUUUGGGCAGUGCGUAACCCAAAGUAGAUGUGGAGCCUUUUGGAUUUAUAGGGUAAAAGCUCUUCCAUCUACUUCCCGAAAGUCACAGUAACAAACAAAUGUGAUGAGCCAUCCCAGCUGUCAGCAGCUAUGUGCAUUCAUAUCGCUGGUAGAUUUCUUUGAUUGACUUUGAAAUUUAUUCUGUUUUACAUUCCUGUGAAGUUAAUCUUACUUUGCACUUGUUGACUUUAUAUCCAAUUAUUUACGUCAAAUCAAAUAACUGAAAUGUACAAAUGUCUAAUUUUGGAAGUAUGUUCAAUACUGUAUGACUGGGUUGGAUCUGCUUUAUUUGAUCUUUUUAGCAGUGAGAGCACAGAUCCAGCUAGCUACAUAUCUUUUCUUCUCAUAGACCCCUUCGGCUCUCAGAAAGAUAUGGAAAUAAUGUGUGUGUGAAUCAGUCACAAAUGAAUUGUACUUGAAUAUCAUGUGUUACAUUCC